AUGGACUACCGGCGGCUGCUGAUGAGCCGGGUGGUCCCGGGGCAGUUCGACGACGCGGAUUCCUCCGACAGUGAAAGCAUUGACUUGAAGACCAUCAGAGAACAAGAUGGUGUUCUGUUUGAGGACCUGCAGAAGAAUAUGUCUGAGAAGACGGAGGGAGGUGAGAUGGAGGAGGAGGAGGAAGAGGAGGAGUACGAUGAUGAUGACGACUGGGACUGGGAUGAUGGAGUUGGGAAACUCACCAAGGGUUAUAUCUCGAAUGCAAGGAGUAACCCCCAGGCAAAUCGACAGAGUUCCAAUUGCAAUUCAGCCAAAAUGUCUACUCCAGCAGACAAGGUCUUACGGAAAUUUGAGAAUAAAAUUAAUCUAGAUAAGCUAAAUGUUACUGAUUCUGUCAUAAAUAAAGUCACCGAAAAGUCUAGACAAAAGGAAGCAGAUAUGUAUCGCAUCAAAGAUAAGGCGGACAGAGCAACUGUGGAACAGGUGUUGGAUCCUAGAACACGAAUGGUAUUAUUCAAGAUGUUGACUAGAGGAAUCAUAUCUGAGAUAAAUGGCUGCGUAAGCACAGGAAAAGAAGCUAAUGUGUACCAUGCUAGCACAGCAAAUGGAGAGAGCAGAGCCAUCAAAAUUUACAAAACUUCUAUUUUGGUGUUCAAAGAUCGGGAUAAGUAUGUAAGUGGGGAAUUCAGAUUUCGUCAUGGCUAUUGUAAAGGAAACCCCAGAAAAAUGGUGAAAACUUGGGCAGAAAAAGAAAUGAGGAACUUAAUCAGGCUAAACACAGCACAGAUCCCAUGCCCAGAACCUGUCCUGCUGAGAAGUCAUGUUCUUGUCAUGGGCUUCAUUGGUAAAGAUGACAUGCCAGCGCCACUGUUGAAAAACGUCCAGUUAUCAGAAUCUAAGGCUCGGGAGUUAUAUCUGCAGGUCAUCCAGUACAUGAGAAGAAUGUAUCAAGAUGCCAGACUUGUCCAUGCAGAUCUCAGUGAAUUUAACAUGCUGUACCAUAGUGGAGGUGUGUACAUCAUUGACGUUUCUCAGUCCGUAGAGCAUGACCACCCACAUGCCUUGGAGUUCUUGAGAAAGGACUGUGCCAAUGUCAACGAUUUCUUUUUGAAGCACAGCGUUGCUGUGAUGACCGUGCGGGAACUCUUUGAAUUUGUCACAGAUCCGUCCAUUACACAGGAGAACAUGGACGCUUACCUCUCAAAGGCCAUGGAAAUAGCAUCUCAAAGGACCAAGGAAGAAAGGUCCAGCCAAGAUCAUGUGGACGAAGAGGUGUUUAAGAGAGCAUAUAUUCCUAGAACCUUGAAUGAAGUAAAAAACUAUGAAAGGGAUAUGGAUAUAAUGAUGAAAUUGAAGGAAGAAGAUAUGGCCAUGAAUGCCCAACAAGACAAUAUUCUGUACCAGACCGUUACAGGAUUGAAGAAAGAUCUGUCCGGAGUUCAGAAGGUCCCUGCACUUCUAGAAAAUCAGGCUAAGGAAAAGGCUUGUUCUGAUUCAGAAGAUGCUGGAAGCUCUGAGUGUUCUGACAUAGACUCAGAAGAGCAGGGAGAACAGGCCUGCUCCAGGAAACCCACUGCUGACAUUGAAGUUGAUAAAAAGGAAAGAAAAAAGAUGGUCAAGGAAGCCCAGAGAGAGAAAAGAAAAAACAAAAUUCCGAAGCAUGUGAAAAAAAGGAAGGAGAAGACAGCCAAGAUGAAAAAGGGCAAAUAGAACCAGAACUCGAGACAUAGAGUAAUCUUCCAUCAGUUGCUUUUCCCGCCUGCGCGGUGAGCUGUGCCUGGAAGGGGUUCUCACGGCAGUGUUGUGAACAUGGGCUCACGUGUGCUCACGUGUUCUUGUGUAAUUAUGUAACAAGCUCUAAGCUC